UUCCUAAAUUCACUUUAGCAGAAGCAGGGGACUCUUUGGCAUCUGCCUCAGUGAUUGGUCUUAGGACUGUAUCUAACUUGUCUGUCGCAGGUGAACAAAUCUAAGCAGAAGACGGGUUGCCAAGCAGUAAAGCCAGCACAGAAAGAUCCCUGGAACCAUGGAAGAACAGGAGACAGCAGACCAGGAGCUGGAGAAUUACUUGGUGUCAUUCAAAAACUUCAAUCUUUUACGCUCAUGGGCUAAUAUACAGUUUCUAGAAACCCUGGAUGACUUGGAAAUCAGAGACAGUGAUAUCUUUAUAAUCACUUAUCCCAAAUCAGGAACAAUUUGGACUCAGCAAAUAGUGAAUUUAAUUGUAUUUGAUGAGCAUCGGAAUGGAACAGAAAAUGUUGACAACAUGGAGAGAGUGUUAUGGAUAGAAUACAGCACAGCCAGCAAAGACUUUGGUCAGCGGCCAAGCCCCCGUGUCUUUAGUUCCCACCUGCCUUACUAUUUAAUGCCCAAAGCACUGAGGAACAAAAAAGGCAAGGUUAUAUAUGUGUACCGAAAUCCAAAAGACACCAUGACUUCAUUUUAUCAUUUCGCAAAAAUCUUAGGAUAUAUAAAGCCAGAAGUCACAAUGGAGAAUUUCAUGGAGAGAUUUUUAGCGGGGAAUGUGGCAAGUGGUCUGUGGUUUGAUCAUGUGAGGGGCUGGUUCACCCAUGAACAUGACUUCAAUCUCCUCUUCAUGUCCUAUGAGGAGAUGAAGAAGGACCUCAGAAAUGCUGUGUUAAAGAUCAGCAAAUUCCUGGGAAAGAAGUUGACUGAUGAGGAGGUGGAGUCUGUGGUGAAACAAGCAACUUUUCAGAACAUGAUAAAUGAUUCCAGAGCUAAUUAUAAUAGAAUCAAAGAUGACAUCAUACAGAAACAAGUUUUUCUUCGCAAAGGCAUCAUUGGGGACUGGAAAAAUGCCCUAACUGUGGCUCAAAAUGAGAAGUUUGACAAGAUUUUUCAAGAGAAGAUGGCAAGUUUACCUAUUAAGUUCAUCUGGGAUAUGAAUGAAGACCUGUAGAUGCUUCCAUGAAAGUUGGGCAGAUUUAGCUCUAUGAAAUUUUAAUUUAGCAUAAUCCUUCAAGAUGAUCCCAUAAAACAGUGCUUUUAAAAACCUC